UUCAAUAUUUCCAAAUCCAAUCUUUCUUUUUUCUUUCUACUAUUUUCUGCCUCUCAAACACACAAAAAUCCAAGUGCUUACUUGUUGGACAUUUUCUGGGCACAUUUGCUUGAAGUUGUGUGACUUUCAAAGACAAAAACAUCAGAAAACAUGAAGUUCCUAUCAAAGAAAGCCACGUGUAACUCGCAUGGACAGGAUUCUUCGUACUUCCUAGGAUGGGAGGAAUAUGAGAAGAACCCAUACGAUGAAAUUCGUAAUCCUAAAGGAAUCAUCCAGAUGGGUCUUGCAGAGAAUCAGCUCUCUUUCGAUUUAUUAGAAUCCUGGCUUGCUCAAAACCCAGAUGCAGCUGGGUUUAAGAGAAAUGGAGAGUCAAUAUUUAGAGAGCUUGCCUUAUUCCAAGAUUACCAUGGCCUUCCAGCUUUCAAAGAUGCAUUGGUUCAAUUCAUGGCAGAAAUCAGAGGGAACAAAGUGAGCUUUGAUUCAAACAAGCUUGUACUUACAGCUGGUGCUACUUCUGCAAAUGAGACACUCAUGUUUUGUCUCACCGAUCCUGCCGAUGCUUUUCUCCUUCCCACUCCAUACUACCCUGGAUUUGAUAGAGACCUGAAAUGGAGAACCGGGGCUGAGAUUGUGCCAAUACAAUGCACAAGUUCAAAUGGCUUUAGAAUCACAGAAUCCGCUCUUGAAGAAGCUUACCAAGAAGCCAAAAAGCGAAAUCUUAAAGUGAAAGGGGUUCUAGUGACUAACCCAUCGAACCCAUUGGGUACAACAUUAAGCAAACAAGAACUCGAACUUCUUCUAACCUUCAUAGCUACAAAGCAAAUCCAUCUCAUCAGUGACGAGAUCUAUUCUGGCACUGUUUUUAACUCGCCUAAAUUCGUCAGUGUGAUGGAAGUAUUGAUCGAAAAUAACUACAUGCACACCGAUGUUUGGGAUCGUGUUCACAUUGUCUAUAGCCUUUCUAAGGAUUUAGGUCUCCCUGGAUUUCGAGUUGGUGCCAUCUAUUCCAACGACGAGAUGGUUGUCUCUGCAGCCACAAAAAUGUCCAGUUUCGGAUUAAUUUCAUCUCAAACUCAGUACCUUCUUUCCGCCAUGCUAUCGGAUAAAAAAUUCAUGAAAAAAUAUGUGUCCGAAAAUCAAAAGAGGCUUAAGAAACGGCAUGAAAUGCUAGUUCGUGGUCUUAAAAAUAUUGGGAUCAGUUGCCUUGAUAGCAAUGCUGGAUUGUUUUGUUGGGUUGACAUGAGACAUCUCCUAAGUUCAAACACAUUUGACGCAGAAAUGGAAUUAUGGAAGAAAAUAGUGUACGAAGUUGGGCUAAAUAUUUCCCCUGGAUCGUCGUGCCAUUGUACAGAACCGGGCUGGUUUCGUGCAUGUUUCGCUAACAUGUCCGAAAAUACGCUAAACAUCGCCAUAAAACGUUUGAAGGAUUUUGUUUAUUCAAGUGCAAGGGAUAGCGACAUUCAAAAUCACCAGCAUUCGAAUAAUACGAGUCCAAAGAAGAAGUCAUUCUCCAAGUGGGUUUUUCGAUUAUCGUUCAAUGAACGUCAAAGAGAACGAUAGUAUAGUCAUGUGAUCGUGCCUUUUUGCCUAGAGAUGAUUUUUUAUUUUAUUUUUAAAUCUCAACAUUUAAUUCGAUGUUGAGUUUUCUAAAUCUUUUGUAUCAUAAUACUAUAUGCUUUGUAUUUUAAUUCUGCUGUAGAGGGUGCACUCCGUCCAAGUGAUAGGACGAG